ACCCAACAGCACACUUGACCACUCAUCCACUCGGACCAACUCCUUUGCCCUUCGCUGCAGACCUCCACCCCACACUAUCCCCUAUCAAGACCUCAGAAAGCCUUCAUCGCAUCACAAAGACUCCGGCACCGUUUUACCGGUACCGUACCGUGUUCCCUCCACUUCCAAGACAGAUCUUAUCUAGCUUGAUCUGGUCUUCGCCCGAUCCUUCCCUUUUUUUCUCGCCCCUCCCCGUCUCCUGGGAUCACCGGUCCGGUACGAGUACUUGAUCCAACGAGCAAACAUAGACCGCUCCCUCCUUCAUCCCUCAGCAGACGAAAGCCAGAAACAUUCCACCAUGACAGCUCUUGAGAUCUCCAUCCCAACAACUUCCCUCGCCACAUCACCGGGGAAGCCACACACAGUCUACCACAUUCUCCUCCGCCUCCCUCUCCGCUCGAUAACCGUCAAAAAGCGCUACAAUGACUUUGUCGAGCUGCACUCACGACUGACCGACAUAGUCGGCAGCGUGCCACCCAAACCGCUUCCACCAAAGUCCUACUUCUCUCGAACCGUCAACAACCCCGUGAUGACUGAGGAGCGUCGGGACGGGUUGGAAAAAUACCUUCUGGGGAUCCUGCGCUCGGACGAUCCUCGCUGGCGUGACUCACCCGCCUGGAGAACCUUUUUGAACUUGCCUGCAAAUUGGUCUGCUGGAUCGUCGGCCGCGUCGAGCACGAGCUCUCUGGGAUACAUGUUGGGUGGGGGUAUAGCGGGAGGGGGCGGGCCGAUCACGGAUCCGACCUUAUGGUUGGAUACGCAUCGGGAACUGAAGACGCUGCUACACGAUGCAAGGAUGUACUUGUCGAAGCGCGAUCAAGCGAGGUCGGCUGGGGAACAGCACGAGGCGUCCGCUGGGGCUAAGCGUUGUCUCGUUAAGGUCGGCUCUCUGAUCACUGCGUUGGAUAGCGGACUCAAAGAACUUGGUGGUAGUGGAAGGGGCAAUAACGGAUGGGGAGCAGGCAAGGAAGGCAAGGAACUACUCGACGGGGAGAUCCGACGACGAAAGGACUUGGUCUCGUCAGCCCGUAAGGAACGGGAUGGCCUAGAAUCCCUAGCAAAUUCACUGGCCUCCAAGCGUGCUGCCCAAAGCUCUUCCGCUGCUGCUGCGAUGGCAGCCGAUAAGAACGCACUCUUUGCUGGGACCAGCGCAAGUAGGAAUACUUUUGGUGGCGGCAGGGUUCUCGGCGCACCUCUGCCGGAAACGGAACAUACCAGAGAACUGGAUAAUCAGGGUGUACUGCAGCUUAACGACCAGUACAUGCGUGAGCAGGAUAGAGCCGUGGAGGGCAUGUUGAAAAACGUUGGUCGAAUGAAGGAAAUCGGGGCAGCCAUUGGCGAGGAGAUUGAUCUUCAGAAUAAGAUGCUGGAGGAUCUCGAUCAUGACGUUGACAAGCCAGUCCCCCCUGUAUCAUCCACAUUUAGGAUUAGAUGGCUAACAACAAAAAAAAAUACAGAGUCGGCAAAAAGAUGAAGAUCGCUAAGAAACGUGUAAACAAGAUAUCAUAGACCGUGUUUUUCAUACAAACAGGAACACCCAAACACUCCACGAGAUACCAUGUAGUUGUUGUAGUAGUAUGGCGCUGGAGUUUUUUUGUUUUUUUCCUUUGCUUCCUCUCUCUCCCUCUCCCUCCACCCCUCACUUUACUAAACCUAUCAUCGUUACCAUUAAUCCGUUCUUUCUUCCAUUCUCUUUUUCCCUUCCUUAUUGCAUAGCUGUUUCUGUAUUACUGGUUUUUCUUUGUUUUUGUCCCCCUUUGUAACUAUAUUUAUCUAUUUUUCUAUCAUAUGCCAAUUUGGAAUCUUACGAUGCGGGAUUAUUAUUAUGAGUCCUCAACCUCUCUACCCUGAGACGGCGGGGCACGGGCCGGGAUGAAACGGAAACGGAAGAGCGGAAAAUUCGGGCUCCGGAUCCCGCUGGAUGGGAAUAUGGCACCCCGUGGAGGUCAGGGUUGUGCAUGCGCGACUGAGUGCGGUGGUCCGGCACUGCCACCAGACCGUUUUGCACUACUCGUGUCGACCUGGUAUAACAGC